GGCGGAGGCUCGGGCCGCGAGGGGAGUUCGGGCUUAGCGGGCCGCUUCGUUAGUGUUGGGGCUGAGCAGAGCCUGGCUGAGACGCGCCGAGCCGAGUCUAGUCUAGCCCAGCCCAGCCGGGAAUUGGUUACGCCUCGGGCGCGCGGAGCUUCCCGGCGCGGCACCUUUCUCCCCGCAGGUUUUCCCUCGCCGCUUUCAUGAGGGGGCCGGGCGGGGGAGGAAGCUGCAGAAGGGAAAAUUGGUUUUGUGGUUAUUUCGUGCGUUAGUUCAGGCUGGGAAUUACAUUUUAGGCAUUAACUGGAGCUGUGUGACUUUACUGAUGACAGAUUCAGCGCUGGCUUCCCCGAGAGCCCUCGCUUUCUCCUUAGGUUUAUCCAGCAAUAACAGCGGCAGCGGUUCGUUUCCCUGCUUUGCUGCUCGGGGUGACGGGAGAGCGCCGGCCGGGCCUGUGCGGUUGGAGGUCGGUCGUCUGAGCUGUCCCCGCCGUGGUAACACGGCAUUAGGACGUUGGAGAAUGACGGCUCUGACUUGAAUGGAACGAAGCGUGUGAUUAACAUGAGAAGACACACAUUAGCGGUUGCAAGGUCCGGGGCACUAAGAUGUUCUCUUGUGCCACUAUCGUGUAUGUCGAGGAAUCAUCUACAUGCCGCAGGUCAUAUCUGUGUUCUUAAAGAUGCUUUCAUGUAUGAAAGUCCAACUGAAAUAGCAAAUCUAACCUCCACGGAGAAGUUUAAUGCAGCCCUGGCCAUUCAUCUUUAUAAAGGAGGCAGACUUCUGCAAGGUAGCAGAAUUCCUUUUGGAAUCAUCUUUGGUGGGACAGAUGUAAAUGAAGAUAUCAAAUGUGAAGAGAAACAUCGGGUAAUGGGAGCAGUGCUAAGAGAAGCCAGGUUUGCAGUGGCUUUCACGGUGAAAAUGAAGGAACUGGCAGCAGCAGAGUGGCCAGAUGCUAGGAAGAAAAUAUAUGUCCAAACUCAAGGAAUUAAGACUACACCCAGUGAAACAUUUGACUGGUACAGAUUUCUACAAAAUGCAGACAUUCCUACAGAUACAGGCAGUUUACAUAUGUUUCUUUUGAUCUGUGGACUUCGAAGAGUCAAAGACCCUCUGUACUUAGUAGACGCAUUUUCAGAUUGGCACAGAAAGGAUCCCAGUGUCCAUCUGGGCAUAAUUGGACCUGCAGUUGAUCCACUUUUUACAAGUGAAGUUAAGGAAAAAGUUAAAAGGACACCUGGAGUACAUUUAUUACAGGAGAUACCACAAGAUGAUCUUCAUGCUGCUAUGAAAAAGUGCUUUGCUGUGGUGAACAGCUCCAUUUCAGAGGGGAUGUCUGCUGCAAUUCUGGAGGCAAUGGAUUUAGAUAUUCCAGUGCUGGCAAGGAACAUUCCCGGGAACGCAGCAAUAAUAAAACAUAAGGAAACAGGGCUGCUGUUUUCAGAUCCCCAGGAGUUUGUUGUGCUGUCCAAGAGUUUGAUGAAUGACCCCAUUAUGGAAAGAGAAAUUGUAACAAGGGCCAAAGACUAUGUGAAGAAACAUCAUUCUUGGGAAAGUGAAAGAAAAGCCUAUCAGAAUCUUGUCCUGAGACUCCAGUGAAUUGCAAGACUACAGCUGAUACCCAGCAGUCUGUGUAGAGCACUUUAAUGAUGGAUAUGUAAUUAGAUUUGGGUUUCUCUUUAUUUCUAUUUCGAAGAGAUAGUAAGACAUGCAUUAUUAUUCUAUUCAAACAUACCAGCAUCACAGGAGUUGCCUGCUACUUCAAACUAUCAAAUUUAUCUAAUUCAGCACACUGUCUCUGCCGUACCAAUUCAUCAGACCAGUAUCGUUUUGCAGGAUCACACAGGAGAAAUAUACUCCUUGAGUAGACACAAAUUUUUGUUGUUAUAAGGCCUCAAAGAGAGGGUGAUUUCUUGUACACGGUGGGGGCUCCACCACACAGACCUUACAUCAAAUGUUCUGGUCGUGUUGUACCCUAACCAAGCUGCAGCAGCAGUUUGCUUUCCAGUUAGACCUGUCUGAAUGUACUCGGGUACAUGUGACAUGCACAUACAUGUCCAUAAAGCCAAGGUUAGUUACAUAUACAGAGUAUAAAAUUAUUACGCUGAAAGCUUUCUUAAGGCUGAAAGAUCAGCAUGUCUAUUGACUGCAUAAUGAUCAGGGGGCCAAAAAGCCAAUGGAGCGUUGAUGCUUGGGGAAAAAGAGGAGUGUAGGGCAUGUUUUGUUCUGCCCUCCAAGUACCCGAAUUGCUUUCAGAUAAGCUGAUAUGGCCAAAUAGUCCUAUGCCUGCAUUUUCUCUUGGGUCCUGGGACUAGAGCAGACAGGCUGGCACAGUACCCGACAGAUUCCAGAGCGGCACAGCGCUGCCCGCAGCAGCGAGCCGUGCUUGCAGGCAGAGGGGAUGUGUUACGUAAACUACCUCUUCGCUUGCCAGUUUCUUUGGUACCUCUGUGGUUUACUUAUUUACUAUAAGAUUUAUGAGAGCUGUAAAAAGGCAGGGGGGUAGUAUUUUCAAUUUACUAUGUAUUUUGGUACUGUUCAUUUUCAUUUCAGGCUUUCAGGGUAUAUUGUAAUAGAGCACAGCAGGUUAUUUUAAAGUGAGGCUCACCUGUGCUUGAAGUCCGUGCUAAUCAUUCCUGCCAGCCCAAUGAUUAUGGAUACAUCUUUGAAUCCAUAACUGGUCAUCCAACGACUUACAUUUAUAGAAAAAAAAAAAAAGAGGGUCAUAUUUUUAACUACUUGUUACUGGGAAACUGUUUGCCUUAUAUACGCUUGAUCCUGCCACCGUGAGAACUAGUGAGAAAUUUUCUAUUGGUUUGAAUGGUUGUAUCAAACUUUUCUUUGUAAUAAUGAAAUUCACUAUGUAUUUUAAGCUUUCCUCUUUAUUUUUGAUGUUUUGCAACUGUUGGGACAGUAAACAGAAAGUAAUUUGAA